AUGAGGGAGGAUCCCAGGCCAACAGGCACCACCCUGGGUAAGAACAGCCAGAACGGCAGUCAGCUGGGGCAAGGCCUGAAACGUGGAUUCUGCCUGUGGACGCACCCAGGAGAAGCUGGAAGCCCUCUGGCACCUCACUCCUACACAUUGUACUUGGUAACCCCAAAGCACUCAGGCCCUCCAGUCUUCCCCAAGGACAGAGGCCGGGAGGUCUCGGGCCGACUAAGCCGAGUGGCACGGAGGAGCAGAGCCUUCAGCCCCGGGGCUGGACGGAGCCCGAAGGUGGCGUCAGUGUCGGGGAGCCGCCAUGUGCAUCGACCGCCCUCCCUGGGCCGCAUCGCGGUGGUGGUGGACCAGGGCUCGGGUUUCACCAAGGCGGGCUUCGCGGGCGAGAACCAGCCGCGAAUAGUGCUGAAGAGCUCCAGCCUGGUGCCCAGCUGGGACCGGCCGGUGCUGCCCGGCGCGCCGGGCUGUGAGCUGGCAGGCGGCGUGGCGCGGGCGCACCCCAUCAAGCACGGCGUGGUGGCGGACUGGGAGGCGCUGGAAGGGCUCUGGGAGCGCCUGCUGGUGGGCGGCCUGCGGGUGUGCCCAGAGCAGUGGCCCGUACUGGUGAGCGACUCGCCGACGGCGCCACCUGCAGGCCGCGAGAGGGUGGCGGAGCUGCUGUUCGAGACCCUGGCAGUGCCCGCGUGCCACAUUGCUAGCACCGCGUUGUUGGCGCUCUGCUCCACUGGCGCGUUCAGCGGGCUGGCCGUAGAGGCGGGCGCGGGCGUGUGCCACGCCACGCCCAUCUACGCAGGUCACUCGUGGCACCAAGCCACCUUCCGGCUGAACGUGGCAGGCAGCACCCUGUCGCGCUACCUGCGGGAUCUGCUGGUGGCGGCUAACCCUGACCUCUCGCAGCAGGCCCUGCCCCGCAAGGCCAUCACACAUCUCAAGAAGCGCAGCUGCUACGUGUCCCUGGACUUCGAGGGCGACCUCCGCGACCCCGCCCGCCACCAUCCGGCCAGUUUCAGCAUGGGUAACGGGUGCUGCGUCUGCCUUAGCAGCGAGCGAUUCCGCUGCCCCGAACCCAUCUUCCAGCCAAGCCUGCUGGGCCAGGCUGGGCCGGGGCUGCCUGCGCUGGCCUUCCGGGCGCUACAGAAGAUGCCCGAAACGCUGCGGACACGACUGGCAGACACCGUGGUGCUGGCCGGCGGCUCCACGCUGUUUCCUGGCUUCGCCAAGCGCCUGGACAAGGAGCUCGAGGCGCAGUGCCUGCGGCACGGCUACGCGGCCCUGCGGCCCCACCUGGUGGCCAAGCAUGGGCGUGGCAUGGCUGUGUGGACCGGCGGCUCCAUGGUGGCCUCCCUUCACUCCUUCCAGCGCCGCUGGAUAACCCGGGCCAUGUACCAGGAGUGUGGCUCCAGGCUGCUGUACGAUGUGUUCAACUGA